AUGGAACCCACGAGUCGGCCGCAACCCGCCAACGCAGAUCCGCCUGCAGAGGGGCAUCUCUCGCCACAAUCACCACCCCCGGAGGCAAGGGAGGAACGCGGCGAUGAGACACGGACUCCGCUUAUGAGGAAGACUUCUGAUGCGCCCCCGUACUGGACACGACAUGAUAGAACGAUCUCGAGCGCGAGUUAUCAUUCUAUAGGACGACCGGGAGGUGGACCGAUUUUGCUGGAGGACCAUUCUGAGGAGACGCAUGAGCUGUCGCGGGGGUGUUGGGCAAAAUCGGCGAGUAUUGAUGAGUACGUCCUCGUAUCUGGUCCGACGGGCAUUGGAGCGUACGUCGUCUGGCAUUGCACAGUGCAGACGCUCAAGGGUGGCGACGUGGUGAUACGGAAGAGAUAUAGCGAGUUCGACCAGCUGCGGACAGAUCUCGUGCGGUCUUUCCCACACGCCGAGGCUAUGAUUCCUGAGCUGCCGCGGAAGAGCGUGGUGAGCAGGUUCAGGCCGAAGUUCUUGGAACAUAGGAAGAAUGGUCUUUCGCACUUUCUGAACUGCAUACUGCUGAAUCCGGAGUUCGCCGCCUCGCCGAUGCUGAAGGACUUCAUCUUCUCGUGA